AUGAACUUUCUCCCUCUCAUCAGACGAAACCUGAUAUCGACGCGAUAUGCCCGAAAUCCAACGUUCAGAUCUCCAUUUUCAUGGCCGAGGAUAGGGUAUAGAUCGUUGCAUGCCAAAGCUAUAGAGUAUCUACAAGCUCACGAUCCCGACUGGACUGAGUCACAGCGGACAAUUCGCGAAUCGAUAGCCAAAAUAUGCUCUAAAUUCCCCGAUGAAUACUGGCUCAAAGCCGAUGAAGCAAAGAGCUUUCCCCUUGAUUUCCAAGCCGCGCUGGCCAAAAAUGGCUGGCUGGGUAUCUGCAUGCCCUCAGAGUAUGGUGGGUCCCAAUUGGGGAUUUCAGAAGCUGCAGUGAUGAUGCAGACCAUUUCUGAAUCAGGAGCGGGUAUGUCUGGCGCAUCAUCAGUACAUAUGAAUAUUUUUGGUCUGGAACCAGUUGUGAAAUUUGGCAAUGAGGAACAAAAAGAGAGGUUCCUGAUACCGCUAAUCCAGGGUCGUGAACGUGCCUGCUUUGGGGUUACGGAGCCUAAUACCGGGCUCGACACGCUGAGAUUACGGUCAACAGCUACUAGGGAGGGCGAUCAUUACAUCCUCAAAGGGUCAAAAAUCUGGACUUCUACCGCCCAAAAUGCGGAAAAGAUCUUAAUCCUCGUCCGAACAACCCCUUUAGACAAGGUUACGAAGCCAUCACAGGGACUAUCACUAUUUUACACCGACCUCGAUAGGUCUCAGGUAGAUGUUACGGAAAUCCCCAAAAUGGGUCGUGCUUCAGUCGAUACAAAUAGUCUUUUUUUCGAAAACUGGAAAGUCCCCACUACAGACUUGAUUGGUGAGGAAAACAACGGGUUCAAAAUGAUAAUGCAUGGCAUGAAUGCAGAGCGCAUAUUACUUGCUGCAGAGGCACUGGGGCUUGGAUUCGCAGCUCUGCGACGAGCGGCGAUAUAUGCAAACGAGAGACAAGUAUUUGGUCGGUCAAUUGGACAAAACCAAGCCAUUCAACACCCUUUAGCUGAUGCUUGGAUGGGCCUGGAAGCUUCACGGCUUAUGGUCUAUCAGGCUGCCAAGAUGUACGAUGCGGGCUAUACACCAGGUGAAUACGCAAAUGCGGCCAAAUACCUAGCCGCAGAAGCGGCAUUUAAGGCGUGUGAGAGAGCAGUGAUGACCCAUGGUGGAAUGGGCUAUGCGAGGGAGUAUCAUGUGGAGAGGUACUUGAGGGAAUGUUUCAUCCCCCGCCUUACUCCUGUUAGUCGGGAGAUGAUUUGCAAUUAUAUCGGCGAAAGGAUUCUUGGAUUGCCGAAGUCAUAUUGA